CUGGCAGUAAAUAUAUCUUAUAUGAGAUCUUCCUUUGACAUCCUGAAAGCAGAGGACAUGGAUAAAAUUAACCAGACAUUUGUGCCAGAAUUUCUUCUUCUGGGUCUUUCUGAAUACCCAAAGACUGAGAUUGUUUACUUUGUUGUAAUUCUAAGUAUGUACCUAGUCAUUCUAGUUGGCAAUGGUGUUCUCAUCACAGCAAGCAUCUUUGAUUCCCAUCUUCACUCCCCCAUGUACUUCUUCCUGGGAAACCUCUCUUUUCUGGAUAUGUGCUAUACAUCUUCCUCUGUUCCUUCAACUUUGGUGAGCUUAAUCUCAAAGAAAAGGAACAUUUCCUUCUCUGGAUGUGCAGUGCAAAUGUUUUUUGGAUUUGCAAUGGGUUCAACAGAGUGUUUGCUCCUUGGCAUGAUGGCUUUUGACCGCUAUGUGGCCAUCUGUAACCCUCUGAGAUACCCUGUCAUCAUGAGCAAGGUGGUGUAUAUCCUGAUGGCUUCUGUGUCAUGGCUAUCUGGAGGAAUCAACUCAAUUGUACAAACAUCUCUUGCCAUGCGAUUGCCUUUCUGUGAGAAUAAUAUAAUCAAUCAUUUCACAUGUGAAAUAUUAGCUGUUCUCAAGCUAGCUUGUACUGAUAUAUCUCUCAAUAUUAUCACCAUGAUGGUAUCAAAUAUGGCAUUUCUAGUUCUUCCACUGCUGGUCAUAUUUUUCUCCUACAUGUUCAUCCUCUAUACCAUCUUGAGAAUGAACUCAGCUAGAGGGAGACAUAAGGCCUUUUCUACCUGCUCAGCACAUCUGACUGUGGUAAUUAUAUUUUAUGGUACCAUCUUCUUUAUGUAUGCCAAACCUAAGUCUCAAGAACUGCAUGGAGAAAACAAGUUGCAAGCUUCUGACAAGCUCAUUUCCCUGUUUUAUGGUGUAGUGACUCCCAUGCUAAAUCCUAUAAUCUACAGCUUGAGGAAUAAGGAUGUAAAAGCUGCUGUAAAAUAUUUGCUAAACAAAAAACCUAUCCAGUAA